AUGAACUUUUUCCAUUGGGGUGAAUUUGAUCCACAUUUAACAGUCAAUUCUUGGUUCGUAAGUCCGAAAAUAUUAAAAAUUUUUCGCCUUGUGGUUGCAAUUUAUUCUUGGAUUAUUCUGAUUGGAGAGUUAUUAGAUUAUGCAUUACGUGAACACUUUCUUGCACAAUAUGGUUUCGAAAACGAUGCGGAAUGUUUUUUAUGUUACUUUACUAUUUUGAGUUAUAUCGGUCAAACAGUUUAUUUUACGGCCGCAGCAUUCUAUUCAAUCCGGUCAAACUCCCUUGAAAAGUUUUCAAAAUUGCACAACUUUUUAUUUUGGAUUCUUUAUCACACAGUUGUACAUUAUCACGUCCUUAUUGUUUUUGUAUACUGGACCUUACUUUCAAGUACUUUUAUUCAAGAAAAUAAUCCGUGGUACAUCUGGUGGUUAAGUGUUUCUGUGCAUGGCUUAGAAUUUGUGACCAUGCUGAUUGAAUUAUUUUUAAAUCGUCAAGUAAUGAAAAUAUCAUUCAUAUUUAUAACGAUUUUUAUUCAAGUACUUUAUAUGUUGGAAACUUUCCUUAUCUAUUAUACACAUGGAUUUUGGAUAUAUGAUUUUUUAGAUUGGCAUAGUGGUUCUCCAGCAGCUGUCUCACUUCGUUAUAUCGGUUUCCUUAUUUUCUUUAUUGUAUGUUUUUUUCUGGUGUAUGGACUUCAUACCCUUAGAGAUUAUAUUGGAAGAAAACACAAUUCGAAAGAAUCAUCUGAAAAUGUUAGUGAUCUUCCAAUGAGUACAAUACAGUAG